CCAGAAAAGAAGCAAUCGCCAUUUACCCUCUCUUCUUCUUCUUCUUCUUCUUCUUCUUCUUCUUCUUCUUCCUCUGCUCUUUCUGCUUCAGAAGAUCGAAAUUCUUGGGCGGGAAGCCGAUUCAGAGAAGUUCUUUCUACCAUGCUCACUACCGCUGUUCCCAUUCACGCGCCGCCGGUGCUCUUCACCUCCCCGGCCUCCUCCAGAAGCAUUCACAAGCUCCCCACUGUCGCCGCUUCUUGGAGAAUGGCGAUGAAUUCUGGGUCUUUCCUGACCAAGAAGAGGGAAGAGCUUUCGCUACACAUACAUCACCCCGCAGCUUUUGGUCCAAAAGGGGACGACACGCCCACUCGGCCUGAUGAGCACCGCCUGCAGAUACCCGAGCAGGAUUUGGUGGACAUUGACAAGAUGGAGUUCGGGGAAUUCGUUGCUAGAGAGGCUUUAAUUGAUGAAGAAUACUGGGUAAAGCCCUCUUUCUAUUUCUAAACAACGUUUCACAGUUGAUUCCCCGUCUGGGUUCUGCUGCAAUUGGAGUUCCUUCAUCUGGGUUCUAUUUGUUUUCUGGAAGGAAACCUUCUGAAUCAUCUGGUUAUCCCUCGCACUUCUUGUUUCUAUUCUUGGCCACAGUAUCGUGGGCCAUUGCCGUUAAGCAACAAUGACUCCAAUGUUUGCUUCUUGUAAUUGCCCGCAGAUGGCAGGCUUAAUGCGAGGUUUAAGCCACUGGGAGGAUCGACCUGAAUUCAAGAGUUCCUUGCCAUUAGAAGGCAAUCCAUUGGUCCAUUUGGCCAACAGCCUAAGUGCAUAAUCACAGUACGUGCUUCCUUGGUCUAGAGUUUUAUAUUUUUGCAUAGCAGCAUGAGGGAAAACAUUACAAAGUCAUCCUCGUUGUUUCUUUACUUAGCUGAGAAAGCAAGUUGGGAUGGUGAGACCCACAAUAGUGGAAAGUGUGGUUGGGACUCUGGACUUGAGCAUCCGCUGGUUGCUGCCUGGAGAGAUCUUCCCUGGGGUAUAUGGAAAGACUCUAGGCAGAUACGGUUACGUCUCCGACUUGACGGUCGCGAGGAUUGCUCGUCGUCAGGGGAUAGCAACUAACAUGAUGCAGUUUGCAAUUGAAACGGCCAAGUCUAAUGGUGUGCAAGUUAUGUACGUUCAUGUGGAUAGAAACAACAAACCUGCACUGCAGCUUUUUGAGAAGAUGGGAUUUGAGAUGAUUGAAGAGGCAAGUGAAGGACUGGUGGAAGACAACACUUACCUCCUACGUUGCAUUUUGUAAAGAUGGAGUACAGAUUUGGUGAUACAGGAAACGAGUCAGUGUACAGAGCAGAGAACCAACACUACAUAGGCCAGAGUUUAUUACUAGUUUUGACAGGAAUUUGAUCUGAUAAUAUGGGUACAGCCUUAGAUUUGGAAAUUCAGCACCAACCUCUGCACAGACAUUUCUUGAGAGGGAAGCAUAGCAAUACCAUGUAUCGAUCUAUUACAGUUUCAGAACAUUAUUUUGUAGAUAAAGCUGCUGUUCAUUACUUGCAACCAGUG